CGAUAAUCUACAUCCAGUGAUUUUUUUCUUUUUUUUUUUUAGCCUCUGCCUUAAGCUCCCUGAAAAUUUUACAAUAUUUCUCCUUUCCAUAAAGUUUUGAUUCUCUUCCGUAUUUUUACCUUUCUUUCCACUCUCUACUCUCUCCUCCCAAUUUUUUUUCUGCCACCCUCUUUCCCCUUUACUAGUUGGCUAUCUUUGAUUGCAUCGAGUAGCGUCACGCUGCUCUACUCCUCGUAAAGGUCGCCGCCAUGACCCACGCUUCCAUGGCUUUCAAAAAGCGAAACCGAUCCACUAGCAAUGCUUCAUCCAUACAACCAGACCCUAGUCGAAUACUAGUCAGCAAAUUGAACAAAUUACGAUCCACCAGUCUGGCUAUUUUCUCCAAACUCACCAACUCGGUCAAUAUCAAUGCAACGUCGACACGUUCAACUUACUUGCGAAGAGAAAGAUCUUUUUCCUUGGUAACAACUGGAACGGAUCACCGAAACUUGGAUACAUUGGUACGAGACCCCCGUUUACUGGAUCGGGUCAGCCGAUAUCGAUCAUCCCAAAUCAACCUUAGGUCGAACUCUUCCAUUGAUGAAAAGCAUAUUCUGACUGUCUCCAAUGACCAUUCGGAUAUGAAACGAUACGACGAAGCUAUGCAAAGAGCUGCGCGUGAUGCCUCCAUGAAGGCUGAUAGGCUGCAAGUGCCCACUCCUCACUUUGCCCUUCAAAGGGCUGGUCUAUCGCAUAAUGCCAACCCUGACUUGACUGUCAAAUCCGAGGAGCUCACUGCGCGUGAGUUUGCUGACAUGACGGGAAUAAAGAUUAUCAGCGAUGACCAAGACGAUGACAACUACCAGGUCAUUGACAAAGUGGAAACAAGAGGGAGUGGCUUGACUGCCGACGUACUUCAUCAAUCUUCUAUCCUAUCGGGUAGUAGUAUUCACAGUGCCGAAACACAUGCUUGGUCCAUAAAAUCGAAGCCUCAAAUUUGGGAUUCUGGAUUCUGGCAAAAGCCUGAUGGCUGUCACCAGCAACUCCCAAUUCCUAUUCAAGCCGACUGUACAAAGAUUGAUGAUAAACCACGGCCGCCAACUACCAAAGAUUCAUCCUCAUCGUCUGAGGACACAACUUCCACUAUGUUAUCCGUCUUAUUCUCUUGUAAAACAUCCUCAUCUUGUGCCUCGUCCAUUGAUUCCGAGCCACUUUCCUGUUCACCAGGUCGAACUGCGGUGAAUGAUGCUGAAGAGCCACCGUUUAUCUCACAGUUACGUCGUACAUCGUGUACCUCCGCUAUAAAGCGUAAUGACCAAGGCGGAGUUGUCAUAAAAAAAGGUCGUUUCCAUAUCUGCCUCGGCGACACCCAGGAUACCCAGAUUCCUACUACAGACGAGGAGUGCAUAAAAUGGAAACGAAAAUCCAUGGCCACUACUGCUUGUGCGGAUGACAAUACCCAUGCUUAACCCCAUUCCAUCAUCCUAAAAGCCAACUAUAAUGCAUAUUCCCCUCGCCUUUCAAUAUGUUGAUGAAAGUACUUUGCCUUUUUGCUCUUUCCCUUACAUACUCCUUCUACUAGCUUAUUUUCACUGUAAAAAAAUCCUGUCUUUUUCUUUUUGCCCUCAGUCGUUUUUUUGCCAAAAGAAAAAAAAAAUACAUAUAUGAACCUUACAUUCCCAG